AUGCUUAUGGAGCAGCUCGAGGACGGGGCCCAGAAGGUGGACAAUAUCCUAGAGGAAGAGUGCGGCGACCUCUUCUUCGUGGCAGCGACUCGCGUCUUCAGCCACCUCCUUCACCGUGACCCCACCUUUGACUUCAACAAGGUGAUGGCCCCAUUCUCGAAGAGUCUCGUGAAGGCCUUGCAGAGGUCGUGGAAAGCCAUGUCAAUGUGCUGCUUGGCAAGUUCUACUGAAGUGGCGGUGGGGAGCCUGACGAGGCCGCGGCGGACGAUUGCAACGGCGGCGGUGAUGCCUCUUAUUAAGAGAAAGAAAGAAAAAGAACCCCCACCCUCCGGGCAGCACAACCACCCAAACCCUAUCCCAUCCCACUCCAUCGUCGCCGCCCCCAGAUGCAAUCUCGCCGCCUGGUCCUCCACCGUGCACCUCUUCACCGGCGACCCGCUCGCGCCGCGCCCCAGGGUGACCGUCUGCAAGGACACUGCCGCCUUCUCGCCCUCCUUCCGCUGCGACGGCGCGCUGCUCGCCGCCGGCGACGGGCGGGGCGUCGUGCGCGUCUUCCACGUCGACAAGCCCACCGCGGGCCCGCUCCGGACCCUCUCCGCCCAUGUCGCCCAGGCCCGCGUCGUCCGCUACCCCGAGGCCGGCGGAGACAAGGUCCACCUCCUCACCGCCGGCGACGACGCGCUGCUCGCCUACUGGGACGUCACCUCCGAGACGCCCGUCUUCACCGUCCCCGCCGCGCACCGCGACUACAUCCGCGCCAGCGUGCCGUCCCCCGUCGACCACAGCCUCUUCAUCAAAAUGGAAGAAGUGACUAAGAGGAUGGCACAGAUAGAAAAUCUCAAUGAGGAAACAAACAUCCACUGUGUCAAUCACUCAAGAUGGUGCAUGCAGUUUUCUUGAAAGUUAAGUCUGAGGGCCUGCUCCGACAUAAAGCUGGGUGACGGGACGACGACCAAUUUCUGGGAGGACAAAUGGUUGCCGGGUGGGCGUUCCGUCUAAGACACGGCGCUAACACUGCUCACUUUUGUGCCCAAGAGCACAACUAGUCAUCUAGGGUUUGGAUGGGGCUGGGUUCCUAUAACGACGACAACAGAGGCGACAAACACCACUUUGCAACCUCGCCGAACUAUGUUGCUGGACUGAAGUUUAGGGACAGCAGCAGUUUUACCACCGAUGGUGUUGCUUGUAAGCUCGAUGUUCUCAUUGUUCUCUUGGCUCUGAUCGGGAACUUUCGCGCAAAGAAAACACACACAGGGAAGGAACAUGAGUACUCUCGCCAUUCCAUGUUUCUGGUCAAUCGAACUCUUCAGUGACCAGAAAAUGAGAAAAGGGCAAGUCGUCGAUGUACAGACCACAGGCGCUCGGACGCACGGCCAACAUCAUGGUCUUCAUAGCUCAUAACCCAUUUUGCAUGAAGCAAGAAAGGAAGGUUAGUUGACUCUCCUCUAAUUCAUUUUGUUGUUGUUGAGAAACUCUCCUCUCCGAUUCUGAUUGUCUUAGUUAGUCCUUGGAAAUCACCCAACAUUAGAUUAAUUUAUGCAUUAAAAACUACAAAGGGUACAAUAGUAGAAAUUAUAGUCAUAGAAACUGAU